GACACGAUGAAGGACUGAAUGUAGCCCAGCACAAACUAAUGGGUGGCUGGGCUUAUUUCUCCUUGAUUUUCGACAUCUGCUUGUCUCGCUGCAAUCCUCGCCAAAGUGGACUUAUACCAACAAAUGGACUGUGCGACACUUGUGCAGGCAGUAUGACUCUUGUUCCAGGCCGCAGUCACGCUCUUCAUCACUCGUCGUAUCGUGCGCUGCAUUCAGCCAUCUCGAAGCCGACUUGUCGUGUUCACUGCAAACUGUCUCUAGUGUUUCCAUAACACAUGGCACUGUUGGCUCAAUCGAACGAGUCGUAUAUAAUCAUCCGGCUUUUCUGUGCGCGCCGUUUUCGGCGGUUUGCAUUGUCUGCAUCCAUUAUGUUAGGCAAUACACUCAAUUUUAUAUGUGCUAAAUGAGUGGUACGACUCCGUGAUACAAGUCCAGGAGCAGCAACCAUAGCCAGACGCUGUGAGGCUUGUAUGUCCCCCUCAACCUUGGCGGGCCACUUUCGCUGAAGACUGAAUCAUGACAUUGUCUACUUCUUUAUACACAUGCUCUCCCAUUAACACUAUAUAUGUAGCCGGCUAUCUUCUCAGCGCUCAGUGUAAUCAUACCAGCGCCGAACGGCCCUCAGAAAUACACGCGCACUGCGCAGCAUGUCCUGAAUCCCACAUUCCUCAUAUCCACACCCCCGUCUUCCCCUCCCACCCAUUCCGCCCACCACUCCGCCCAUCUUCUAUCUUCGUCAUUUUAC